AUARCCUGUCUGGUUACGUCGAUUCGUCGUUUCGUGUCACGACUCACGAGUGACGAGUGACAACUCAAGGUUUAAGAAAUAAGAAUAAAUCAUGACUAAAAUAAUGAAUGUAACUACUAACUAUCACCAUAAUAAUUUAAAUWGUGUAUCAUUAAUAAUAUGAUACUUAAAAUUACUAGCGAUCGUUAAACACUCCAAUGAACACAGAGAAAUAUUGUAAAAUUAAUUUAGGUUCAUAUAAUUACUAAUUUAAGUAAUAUCAUCAUUCAUCAGUCUUCACUGAUUUGAUAAUUAUUUACAUAAAUAAUUAGAACACUAGAACAGUGUACGUCUCGCCGAAUUUUAAUUUUUUGGUUCUUGUUUUACCGUGUGGGAUUUUACAAAAUGAGUUAUACAAAUAAAGUUAUCCAGAGUGGAUAUUUUAACGACACUCUCAGACAAUGGCAGUGUCAAAACACUCAAAUUACUCCUUUAAAUUUGAUGUAUCCUAUUUUUAUUUUAGAUGAAAAGGAUGUAAGAGAAGAAAUAAAAUCUAUGCCAGGUAUUUAUCGACAAGGAAUAAACCAUGUCAAAGCCAUGUUGGAUCCAAUUGUUGAGUCAGGAUUGAAAUCUAUCUUAAUUUUUGGUGUGAUUAAUAAGUUAUCAAAAGAUCAAUGUGGAACACAUGCCGAUUCUCUUGAAAAUCCAGUUAUUCAAGCUUUACCAUUGUUAAAGAAAUGGUACCCAAAUCUUGUAAUAGCUUGUGAUGUAUGUUUAUGUCCAUACUCAUCUGAUGGACAUUGUGGGAUCGUUGAAAACCAGCAAAUAGACAACAUAAAAAGCAUAAACAGGAUAGGAGAAAUAGCAUUGUCAUAUGCUCUUGCUGGUGCAGAUAUUGUGGCUCCAUCUUGUAUGAUGGAUGGGCAUGUAACAGCUAUUAAACAGAGCUUAAUGAAAGAGAAUUUGUUGAGUCGAGUAAGUGUUUUAUCGUAUUCUGCAAAAUUUUGUUCUGUAUUUUAUGGACCAUUCAGAGAUGCUGCAAAUUGUGCACCAAGUUUUAGUAAUCGAUCAUCUUAUCAAAUUCCUGUUGGAAGUUCAAGUAUUGCAGAAAGAGUGGUGGAUAGAGAUAUCUCUGAAUCUUGUGAUAUGACUAUGGUAAAACCUGGUAUGAUGUACUUAGACAUAGUAAGGAAAGUUAAGGAUAAACAUCCAAAUAUACCAAUAUUUAUUUAUCAGGUGUCUGGAGAAUAUGCAAUGUUAUAUCAUGCUGCACAAGCUGGUGUAGUACAAUUAAAAGAGGGUUUAAUUGAAAUUUUAAGAAGUAUGCGGCGAGCUGGUGGUGAUGUGAUUGUGACUUACUAUACUCCAGAAAUAUUAAAAUGGUUGAAAGAUGUACCAUUAUUAUAAAUAUUAUGUAUUUUACUGUGGUUCUGGAUAAUUAUAGUUUUUUUAAAAAUAUUUUGAUUUGAAUGAGCGUAUGUUCAUAAGAUUAAAUACACAUUAGAACCACUGCCUGCUA